CCGAGCCAGCCUCCUCCUCCUCCUCCUCCUCCAGCCCCUCCACGCUCAGGCCCCCUCCCUCCCCGCCAGCACCGUCCGCCCUCGGCCGGCCGCGGGGAAGGAAGAAAGGAGCCAGGAGGCCGAGGCAUGGAUCCGCAGCCCCCUCCACCUGCCCAGGGCAGCCCGACUCCACGGGGCCGAGGCCGGGGCCGGGGUCGCGGUCGAGGCCGGGGUCGAGGCCGUGGCCGGGGAGGCGCAGGAACCCCGCGGGCACCCUUGCCCUGUCCCACCUGUGGCCGCCUCUUCCGCUUCCCCUACUACCUCUCCCGCCACCGGCUGAGCCACUCGGGCCUGCGCCCGCACGCGUGCCCCCUGUGCCCCAAGGCCUUCCGCCGGCCGGCGCACCUCUCCCGCCACCUGCGCGGCCACGGGCCACAGCCCCCGCUGCGCUGCGCCGCCUGCCCCCGCACCUUCCCGGAGCCCGCGCAGCUGCGGCGCCACCUGGCCCAGGAGCACGCGGGCGGCGAGGUGGAGCUGGCCAUCGACCGGGCAGCCAAGGAGGCGGCCGAGCCCAGCUGGGGCCCGCAGGACCAGGGAGCGGAGCAGCCCACCAUGGCGGCUGCGGGCACCACAGAGGAGGAGGAGGAGGUGGCAGCGACUGCGUGGCCUGAGACGUGGUCCGCUGGGGACCCGGCCCCGCAGGCCGCCCCCGCGGGCGCCGAGCCCCGGCAGUUGGAAUCGGAGGAGGCUGAGGCCGGGGCAGCGGAGUUGAGCGCCGAGCUGGCGCUGGCUGCCGGACGGCAAGAGGAGAAGCAGGUGCUGCUCCAGGCCGACUGGACGCUGCUGUGCCUCCGCUGCCGCGAAGCCUUCGCCACCAAGGGCGAGCUCAAGGCGCACCCGUGCCUGCGCCCGGAGGGCGAACAGGAAGGUGAGGGGGGCCCCCCACCACGCCCGAAACGACACCAGUGCUCCGUCUGCCUCAAGGCCUUCGCCAGGCCCUGGUCCUUGUCGCGCCACCGGCUGGUCCACUCCACUGACCGCCCUUUCGUGUGCCCGGACUGCGGCCUGGCCUUCCGCCUCGCCUCCUACCUCCGCCAGCACCGCCGCGUCCAUGGCGCGCUCAGCCUCCUGGCUCCGCUGCCCGGGGCAGCCAAGAAGGACGAGAAGGCCUCUGCAGGACGGAACUCAGGGAAGGGGCCCGAGGGGAGUGAAGGGGCCGAGUGCGGGGGCGCCUCGGGAGGGGGAGAAGGCGGGCAGAUCGGAGGGGACACGGCGCCCACCCGGCCUCCUGCAGGGGAGCCCCGCUUCUGGUGCCCGGAGUGUGGCAAGGGCUUCCGGCGCCGGGCGCACCUUCGGCAGCAUGGCGUGACCCACUCGGGGGCGCGCCCUUUCCAGUGCGUGCGCUGUCAGCGUGAAUUCAAGCGCCUGGCAGACUUGGCCCGCCACGCGCAGGUGCAUGCGGGCGGCCCAGCGCCACACCCGUGCCCACGCUGCCCACGGCGCUUCUCGCGCGCCUACAGCCUCCUGCGCCACCAGCGGUGCCACCGUGCGGAGCUGGAGAGGGCCGCUGCGCUGCAGGCACUUCAGGCCCAGGCCCCUCAGCCCCCAGCGGCCCCGCAGGCCGAGCAGGAGGAGGGAGAAGGGCUCCCCUUGCCCAUCACACACAUCAAGGAGGAGCCGCCCUCCCCGGGGACCCCACCCCGGUCCCCACCGACCCACCCUGUGUUUCUCAGCGCCUCCUGCUUCGACAGCCAGGACCACUCGGCCUUCGAGAUGGAGGAGGAAGAGGUGGACAGCAAAGCCCACCUGCGCGGGUUAGGAGGCCUGGCCUCCUGACCCCUGCCCCGGGUCCUCUGCCCUCCCGAGGAGCGCCCCCUGUUUGAGAAUGGAGGAGGGAAGUUGAAGGAGAGGCCCCCUCCUCUGUGCGCCCACCCCACCCCUUCUUCCCCCUCCCUGGAAUCCCUCGCCCCAACGUGUGUCUUAAGGCAGGUGACCUAGAAGGAGGCGGAGGGCAGCUGGCCCCACGGGAGAAGCGUGGUGGGGAGACCCCACCUGCUUGUCUUCC